AUGGCCAAAAGUGUCUUUAUUGCUGCCGCUACCGGUGAACAACGUCGUCCAUUAUUUAUACUAUUACUUCAGCUUGGUUACAAAGUAAAAAUCCUCGUCCGCGUUUCCUCUUCCAGCGCGGCCCAAGCUUUACGAGUUCUAGGAGCGGAGGUUCAUACUGGCAAUUUAGAAUCCUUUGGAGUAGUUUCUAGAGCCAUUAGCGGUGCGGACACUAUCUAUCUCGCCCUUCCGCCAAAUCUGAAGAACGAAAUUUUAUAUGCGAAGAAUGUGCUGGAAGCUGCCCAGCAGGAAAAGGUGACCCAGGUGGAAUAUCCAUCAGCACAGUAUUGGAUCCAGAAAGGCGAGAUUGAGAAAAUGGUUCGCACUUUGGGUUUCAGUUACUGGACAAUUCUACGACCUGCGUUCUUCAUGCAGAGCUUUUGCUGCCCAAAAUGUGAUCAUAUGUUCCUAGGACUUUCAGAAUUGCAAACGCCUCGAAUUGCGUUCCUCCCCAGCACGCUUCUAGACCUCAUCAGCGUUGGGGAUAUUGCUCGCUUUACUACCAAAGUUAUUCAAUCACCCAAUAGAUAUUCUAAGAAGACUCUCACGCUAGCUGCCGAGAAAUUGUCAGCCGCUGAAAUAGCUGAUCGAUUGGGUGCGGUGAGUGGUAAAGAGAUCACCGUUGAAUACCUACCCAAUCUAGUGGCGAGGGCCCUUCGGAAGCAAGGCAAUGGAGUUGUGGGGGCACAGAUAUGGCAGCGCGAUGUUCGUUAUAAUGUGGAUAUUGAUGCUUUGAGUGAGUAUGGGGUAUCUUUAACGCCCAUGACAGAAGCUCUAAGUAAGGAAUCCUUGAAUUGGUAA